CCCCUCUGUGACCGGUUUCUCAACGGGAAUAGGUAAUCAGAACACUGCUGGGGCCUUCCUCAAUCAGGCUGUGGCAGGAGCGAAGAGUGGUGAUAUGGUGCAACAGGUGCGCGUCCUAGUGGACAAAAUGAAAACUGAUUCGCGCAUUGAUUUCCACAACGACUGGAAAGUGAUCACCAUGUUUAUUGGUGGCAAUGACAUAUGUGACUUCUGCACAGACAGUAUCUUUUUCUCACCGAGGAAUGUGGUCGAUCGUAUCCGCCAAGCUCUUGACAUCCUCCAUAGUGAAGUGCCUCGUGCCAUCGUCAAUCUGGUAGAGCUGUUAAACAUUGUACCAUUACGUGAUCUGCACAGUGAUAAAACUCUGCGCUGUCCCACGUGGUUGGUCAGGUCAGUGAUCUCUGGUUGUUUAAAACAAAACUGAUCAAGUCGUCAUUUAACUGUUUUAAUGUUUGUGUUUCAGUUUAAUUUGCCCCUGCAUACUGAAGCCUAAAGAAGGAUCUAGUGAACUCCAGAACGUCAAUGACAUGAAUAAAGCCUAUCAGCAUACUAUUAGAGAGCUGAUUAACUCUGGGCGGUAUGACACCUACGACAACUUCACUGUGGUACUGCAGCCCUUCCUCAGGGAGAUUUACCUUCCCAGGUUAGAGAAUGGCCAGCCUGAUCGCUCGUUCUUUUCACCCGACUGUUUUCACCUCAGCCAGAAAGCUCACACCCUCAUGGCUCAGGGUCUUUGGAACAACAUGUUAGAGCCAGUGGGCAACAAGACGUUUAGACAAGACUUCGCAUCUGGCAUUGAUUUGAAGUGUCCCUCUGAGACCAACCCAUUUUUUAGGACUGCUAUCAACAGCAACUACACCUUUCCUGGCCCUCCACCCACCCCUGCUCCCGUUACAAAUUGGGGCAGUGACUUUUCCUGUGUUAACACAGCUCCAUCCGACUCUGUGCCCACUUCAGCUCACAGGUUACGACCAGCAGACAUUAAAGUGGUGGCUGCUCUGGGAGACUCUUUAACGACCGGCUUUGGUGCAAAGGCAAAGAGUCUUCUGCUGCUAAGAACUGAGUACGUGGGGGUGUCAUGGAGCAUCGGAGGAGACAAAACUCUGGAGACUGUCACAACAUUACCCAAUAUCCUGAAAAAGUUCAAUCCUCAAAUCAAAGGAAUGUCAAAGGGACAAGGGAAAAAGCAAACUGGCUUCAAUGUGGCUGUAUCAGGAGCUAAAAUAUCAGGAAUCCCAGGGCAGGUCCGACGUCUGAUUGAUAUCAUGAAAAAUGACUCUACUGUGGAUUUCCAGAAUGACUGGAAGCUGGUGACCCUCUUCAUUGGAGGCAAUGACCUGUGUCAGUACUGCAAUGACCGCGCCACUUUGUCACCUCAGAACUACAGCCAUCAUAUGAUGACAAGCUUGGAUAUGCUUUACAAAGAGGUUCCCAGGGUGAUUGUCAACGUCAUGGAGAUUCUGGAAAUUGAAGGCCUUCGUAGAAUCAAAAGGGAUAGUCUCGGGUGCAAUGUGUUACAAAAGUAUAUCUGCCCGUGCUUCUUGUUAGCAGGAGAGGAUUCCCCAGAGCUGGCUGAAAUAAAACGGAUCAAUCGGGAGCUACAGGUCGAGACGGAAAGAUUGGUGUACGGAGACCGCUAUGAUGGCAGAGAAGACUUUGCUGUGGUUGUGCAGCCCUUUUUUCAGAACACUGUCGUUCCUUUGAAUGCUGACAGCAGGCCUGACGACACCUACUUCUCUGCUGACUGUUUCCACUUCAGUGAACGGGGACAUUCUGACAUGGCUGCAGCUCUGUGGAAUAAUAUGUUGGAGCCAGUGGGUAAGAAACAGACAUACAACAAUUUCACAUAUGGCCGAAAAAACAUCAAGUGUCCCACAGAGGAGCAUCCUUACAUCUUCACAAAGGAGAACAGCGUCCCCAUUUCAACCACAGCUACAGCACCCACAACACACAGCACAACCCUGCCUCUCACCUCUAAUUGCACGGACAAUGUGCCAGGGUGGCUCGCUGCUGUGCUGGCCAUAACGGGUAUUCUGAUUGGCGGGGGUGUCACCUGGCUCCUCCUCUCCUGCAGAGCCAAGAGAAGCAAGAGGGUGAUGACGUUUGCAGGGGAGAUGACAGGCACUACAUUUUAAAGAGCUACUUACUGUAUUUUUCUACUAUUCUAUUAUUAUAUAAGGCAAAAUGUAAGAACCACAACUACAAAACAACAAUAGCAAUAUUUAAAGUGGUUGUAGAUAAUAAGGAUAUUUUUUUAUAUUUGUCAUAUAUUUGACCUUACUAGAGAAGUUAAUUAUUGUCAUAUUGUCCUAACCACAGAAAGUAUUAGUGAAGGUGGAAAAGCUACACCAGUCUUUACUUAGGGAGAGCAAUAAAUAAGACAUGAAGUGAAAGGGUUAAAAAAAAACUGUAGUAAGGUGUGUUAUCAUUUAUUAUUCAUGAAAAAUACAUCCCUUCAUAUUUUGUAUGUGUUGCAUUAAAUUGUAUUUAAAUGUUGUAGCUGGUCUAACAACUGACUUGAGACAAUGCAAUUACCGACCACUAUAUUUCAAACACAGCAGAUUUCAUCCACAAA